AGGGGGACCAUUGAAUGUACACGUCUCCAUUCCGCCUUCACUUCCCGCUUUAUGCAGAAGGAUAUGAAGACACAACCCGGCGUUGUCACCGACACAUUCGUCUGCACUUUUCUGGCGACUUUGGUGGGUUGCCUCCUGGUGUUGUCUUCAGAGGCGCAUGGCGACCAAAGCCUGGUUGGAGCUCACAGAAUGAUCUCGAAUACUGGGCGGACGACUCACAAAAGAGCACGUCGGAUGGACCUCGCGCAAAGCAAAUUUCUAGCCAGCGAGGCCGUCAAGUUUGCGAACGUGCACCUGGCAAAUGAAAUGUGGGAAAACUCUUCUCGAGUACCUCUGGAUGUAUUGCUGGCUUCUGGCACUUCGUUUGCGGACUACAAUGUUAAAAAUUUAUUCCUCGAGGAAUUGAACUGGAUAGUGUCCAAACGUCAAAACGACACUGUCUGCUAUCCGGGCCUGGGUUGCUUCAGACGAAGUACCAAGCUUGUGCACCCAAUAGGGCUUCCGGAUGCGCCAGAGUUUAUCAACACUCUUUUCUGGCUUUACUCCCGAAUCAACCUGGGCUGCCCACAGUUGCUUGACUACAGAACAGUGUCUGGGUUUCGUCUGCUCAAGCAGUUUGCGACACCCAAAGACCUCGUGAUUUUGAUUCACGGGUUUGGACAGCAUUCCCAGAAACCCUGGGUCACGGAGGUCAAGGACGCUCUUCUACGACAGGUGGAUUGCAAUGUCCUCGUUGCGGACUGGCGCAAAGGGGCGCGGAAGCCACACUACCUGGCCGCCGUAGCCAACACCGCGAUGGUGGCGAGGCAGUUAUUUGUGUUGGUGAGAAACCUGAAGCGGAAGUUUCCCGACACGGUAACACCGUCCAGAUUGCACCUGGUCGGUUUCAGCAUCGGUGCACACGUGGCCGGUUUCUUUGGAAGGUACUUCAAGAAGAGGACCGGGGAACUCAUUGGAAGGAUCACGGCACUGGACGCGACAGGACCGCUGUUUGAGAACACGAGCGUUCACGUUUCCCGGAAGGACGCCGAGUUUGUGGACGUCAUCCACACCAGCGGAGGGUCCAGCAUCCUGGAGGGGGAGCUCGGCACGGACAGGCCUUUCGGGCACGUCGACUUCUACCCGAACGGGGGCAGGAGGCAGCCGGGUUGCCCUUCGGUGAGCGGCGUGAUGUGCCACCACAAGCGAGCCCCGGUUCUGUUCCUCGAGUCCCUACAGGACACGGGCUGCAGAUUCAAGUCUCACGCGUGCAUCGGGGGUCGAGAAUUCUUCUUGAAGAACCAGUGCGCCCCUGGCGGACGCCGGCAGGGAGAGAUGGGCUACCGGAGCCGGAACUCACUCGGUCGGGGAAUGCAACUCCUGAGGACCCGAGCCACCUCCCCUUACUGCCUGCAGUGACAUCGCGGAGCCAGCUAUGGCGACACUGAACCUUCGGUGAA